AUUUCCCACCAAAUUGAGGCACUUUUCCAACGGUCCAAAACGACUCUCCAUCUUCUCCAACUUCAUUCUCUCAUAAUCAAAAUAGCUCUUGAUCACGACGAAUAUCGUCUUUCCCAAUUCAUAUCCUUCUCAUCUUCAAUAUCUCUCCAAUUCUCUCGCACAAUCUUCGAUAAUUCUCCAAUUACUCCACCAAUCUUCGCUUGGAACACACUGAUGAGAGUAUAUUCAAAAAGCUCCACGAAAAUUGAGUCCGUGAAGCUCUUUAACCAGCUUCAGAAAAUGGGAUUAAAACCAGAUAAAUUCACAUUACCUGUUGUACUAAAAUCUUGUGGGCAUUGUUUGAUGAUUGGAACUGGUGGGUCGUUGCAUUCAAUUGCUUUCAAGUCCGGUUUCAGUUUGGAUAUACAUGUGAACAAUACCCUUUUGAGAAUGUAUGCAGCGUUUGGUGUGGUCGGGUUUGCACGACGAGUGUUUGAUGAAAUGCUUGAGACGGAUAUAGUUUCUUGGAGUUCUAUGAUAGCCGCUUAUGUUCAUUGUAACUUGCCUUCAGAUGCUCUGCUCCUGUUCCAAAGCAUGAAGCUAGCAAAAGAACAGCCAAAUUCCAUCACUUUGGUCAGCUUGCUUGGAGCAUGUACUCAUGUCCUGAAUAUCAGAUUAGGUAGAUGUAUUCACUCGCACAUUGUCACCAGUGGUAUUGAACUACAUGUUGAACUGGAAACAGCCCUCCUAGGAAUGUAUGCAAAAUGCGGGCAUAUAGAGCAGGCUUUCCACAUCUUCAAUUCAAUGGCUGAUAAAAAUCUGCAGACCUGGACCAUCAUGAUUUCUGGCCUUGCCGAUAAUGGCCAUGGAGAAGAAGCUGUAUCCUUGUUUACCAGCAUGGAAGAAGCUGGCUUUAGACCUGACAGCUUGUCAUUUUCUGCGAUUCUAUGUGCUUGUAGUCAUAAAGGACUUGUUGAUGUGGGCCGUAAAUAUUUUCAUAAAAUGGUAAGUAUUUAUAACAUCAGGCCAACUAUGGAACACUAUGGAUGCAUGGUGGACAUGUUUGGACGUGCUGGAGAAUUAGAAGAAGCUUAUGAUCUUAUAAAGAGCAUGCCUAUAGAGCCCAAUUCUGUGAUACUGAGGAGUUUCAUUAGUGCUUGUAAGCAUCAUGGUCGUAUUCCUUGUCCAAACGAAAAUAUAAGAGAUAUUCUGCUCAAAAUAGAGCCUGAACUCGGAUCAAACUAUGUACUUGCUUCCAGUUUGUCUUUUCUUUUUAAUUGCAAUGAUGCCAACAGCCUAAGAUCGGCGAUGAAAGCGAAAGGAAUAAAGAAACUUCCUGGUAGUAGUUGGGUGCAGCCGCUUGGUGGUUCUUCAGAGGACAACAUUUGAAGGAUCUGGCGACGGUGUUCUGGUGGUUUAUGCCAAUAAAAGAGGAGUGAUUCAGAUCCGAGUCACUGCUACAUUCCAGUAAAAAGAAUGAGCUAUGGUGGAGGAAAAUGAGUUCUUUCUUUUUUGAUGAUGCGAUCAGGCUGAGGCACACUUUAGAGGAACUAGUGCUUUGACCAUUGGGAAGAGAGUUAUACUGGUAUUCUGGUAAUCUAACAUUUUUGCAUAAUUGGAAAACACUGAAAAGGAUGUCAUGGGAGAUAAUUUUUGGCUGCCUGAAAAUAACAGGGAAGGG